AAUCAAAAUAGGCGCCAUAUUGACAUAUGCGUUUAUAAAACGCGCUGAACGGCAAUAGGCUUAUUCUUGUGAUCAGUCUGUAUUCAUAUUUCCGCACAUAUCACGAGUGGCGUUCUUCGAUCACCGCGAAAAUUGUGUUCCAUUGUGAAAAGUUAAUCUUCAAAUCUUACGAAGUCUCGACACUGCAUGUCGGACACGUGUUGUAAAGCUUGUCGAACAGUGUGUUUACAUUAAGAUACACUCGCAGAAUCGCUUAAAACAGCACGAGACUCGUCGUUUACUAUCAAUAAGCAUCAAUUGUUGAUCACGUUGUGCAAAAGAGCAAAAGUUGCGCUAUAGACAGAAGCGUAACCUAACCUGAAACAACGCGUCAGCUGGCAUGUGUUGAGGUUAUGUUGUUCGUUUACAUUCGAUCGGAGAAGGUUAUUUCUGUUUGACGCAUCCGUCCAGAGGCUGAACGUCUCGAAACUGUCUGUAAGUCUUUGACAAUUACGACAAUUCCGAGAGGAAGGACGACGACAACAUGCCCACCUGGAAUCAGAUUCAGGCUCAGCUGCGGAACCCCAAUAACCCGGUGGUGUUCUUCGACGUGUCGGUAGGAACUACAGAAAUAGGCCGCAUGAUCUUUGAAUUAUUCGAGGACGUCUGUCCGAAGACAUCGGAAAAUUUCCGACAAUUCUGUACCGGAGAAUACAGGAAAGAUGGUGUUCCACUGGGCUUCAAAGGUGCCAUCUUCCACCGUGUGAUCAAGGACUUCAUGAUACAAGGUGGCGACUUUGUGAACGGCGACGGCACCGGCGUGUUGAGUAUCUACAGUGGAGGCACGUUUCCAGAUGAAAACUUCACUCUGAAACAUGACUCGCCUGGACUGCUGUCCAUGGCCAACAGUGGCAAGGAUACCAACGGCUGCCAGUUCUUCAUUACUUGUGCCAAAUGCAAUUUCUUGGACGGCAAGCAUGUUGUCUUCGGCAGAGUGAUUGAUGGUCUUCUUGUUAUGAGGAAAGUGGAGAAUGUGCCUACAGGACCGAAUAAUAAACCAAAGAUACCAGUUACGAUAUCUCAAUGUGGACAAAUGUAAUGAUGCUGUAUUUAUUUAGAUUUGCACAAACUCUCAGAUAUACUUAUUGCGGUAUCGCUGACAAUUCUUUUGGAAAGAAUAAAAAUAUAAUUUUUAUAACGUA